UAUGUGUGUAUAGCUCUUGUCGAGUAACCGCUGUUCUAUUUAUAACCAUGUGUUGAUAGCGACUAACCUGAUCACAGUGAACAACAGCUGUCAACUUAUCACAUUUCCCAUCCCUGACAGACCAUGUGAUUCACCGACCAUGUGUGCUAUAUGAAGAGGCCUCCGACGGGGAUAAUCACACCUCGGUUAAAUCAAUCACAAAUAGCUCGUGCCAUAUUAUGCACGGGUAAUAUUUUAAGCAUUGCAAAUAUCGUUUGUAUAAUUGACCAUAUCGUCAAUAAAUAUUAUAGUGAAAAUAAACAAGGUUAUUUUUAUCUGAACAGUAUUAAACCACGUUAUGAACGGGCGAUGUGUGAUAAACCAUAUCCCCACAAUGACCUCUGACCAGGCACACUUUGUGUCGAAGUAAAUGCCCAGAUGACAACAGAGAAACUAGAAGCGAAUAUAUACCACUGGAGUUCGUGUAGAAAUCACAAGGUCGUUUUAGACCUCCAUAAAGAUACUAGAGGAAAACGCCCGCCAAAUGGACGAGCACACAAGUAGAACCCUUAGGAACUUGCUAGAGCAACUGGGUCCGGAAUACAGUCGCCGUCUGCAGAACACUAAUCCAUCAACAAUGAAUUUGAGCACUGGGACAAAUCCUGCCUCGGUAACUCCAUCACCCAACAGAAGGAUCAUCCCCAAAAGUACUGCUCCUCUUGUUUUUCACAGCCCCUCGUCAAUGCCAUGUGUUAUUAUGCCGGGCAGUAUCACGUCCUCUAGCAGUCGCCUUGGGAUCCAUGGAAGUACUUCUACCCCUACCAGUCGAUUAGAGAUACCCAAUAGUAAUACGCCAUCCAAUAGUCGUCUUGGAAUGUCAGGCAAUAGUAGAACCUCAAACAGUCAUCUGAAUAUGCUUCAGAAUUCGGUCCCGUCAAGUAGCGGUUUGAAUCUGGGGGCAGCGCAACUGUCUCUUUUAGAACAUUCAAAUGUUCUUGGUGUGUCAGCCAUUCAAGACAAUGAACGAAAUCUCUACAUUUGUGAAGAUGAUUUGGACAAUCAAAUGUCUAAUAAUUUAAACUCGAUAUAUGAAAAUUCAAAUCAAAUUUCCCGACAGGCAUUUACAAUGAGGCGCACAAGAACGAACAUUCCUUAUUCGGUCAAGUGCCAAAUAUCAAAAAUGGCCGAAGAUAGUCCAAGAAUCACACAAGGUGAAAUUGCACAGAUAUUUGGAAUAGAUAGAACCACAGUGUCCAAAAUUUUGAAGAAAAGAAAACUUUAUACGGACCCAAUUUCGCCACAUUCCCCAAGUAAAAUCAGCCGGUCAUCUGAGCAUGAGAAUCGACACGAUCUGGAGGAAACUUUAUCUAACUGGUACGCCGGUCUGGGAGAAAAGAAAGCUUCUGUCACCAUGGUAAUGGUAGGCGACGCGGCCAGGAAUUUGGCGGAUGCGUAUGGAGUCCCAAAAUCGACCAUCGACACACACUGGGUCAACUCUUUCUGUCAGCGACAUGGCAUUAGUUGUUGUGGGGAAGACUUCUCCAAAAUGGAGUUCUCAGCGCCAAAGCAGAGAUAUAAGACUCAAACCCCAGAAAGACGAAUGCCACUCUCUGCAGCAAGAGGUAGUGCCUCAGAAUCACAAGCAGCAAGGCAGAAUCUCUCACAACCAAAACCAACCUCUCAACCAAUACCCAAUCAAUCAUGUAAUAAGAUUUCACGUGACUGCAGCAAGUUUCCAACAAGUGGCGCAAUACCAGGUCUUAGUGGGACAGAGUCUACAGAUGUUACAAUGGCUGAUCAGGUACAGGGGAAAGUUGUCGUGAAGGAGGAGCCAGAAUUCGAAGAACUUGGUCCAGAGGAAGCCUUGAAUCGUGACCUUGGCACUUUAGAAAAAUUCAGAGAACAGCAAAAAGAAAUUGAAGAGGCUAACAAACAUAAAAAGGCCCUGUUAGCCAAGACUUUGUCUGAAAGACAAAAGAAAGCAAGAAUGGAAGCAGAGAAACUGACACACAUUCAAAAAGAGUUGAUGAUACUUGACAACUUACUAAGUGCUGAUGUAACUGUGGUGCGAAAUAGGAUUGAGGCGGCUAGUCGAGAUUACAUGGAGGCCACGAGGCGCUACGACAGGGCAGAAAAGGAAUUCAUUGAAGCUAAGUUGGAUUUGCAAAAGAAAUCUGAGCUAAAAGAACAGCUGACAGAACAUUUGUACACAAUUAUACACCAAAAUGAAAUUCGGAAAGCCAAAAAGUUGUCUGAUCUCAUGACUGAGCUGGAUAUGGAGACAAAGGGAGAGCAAUUGUGUAUAGGCAACUUACCUCCCUUGUCUGCAUUCUCCAGUAUGGGUAUGGUGAAGGUAGCUUCUCCCACAUCUCCAAAAAGUCCUGUGAGUGAUGAUAGUGGCAAAACUGGAAAUUCAGGACAGGGAAUCAUUUCAACAGUGACAUCCGCAGAUAACAACACUACAAGUUCUAUAAACACAUAUAAUUCAACCAGUGCUGAUCAAAUUGAAACUAAUCUGGCUAAUGUUGUUGUUGACUUAUCCAGUGAAAAUUCAACGCUGCCAGAUGAAAGUUCUUGUCUUCCAAGCAGUUCAUCCAAUGACAUUUAUGAUGCACAUUCAGAACAAAACAAAUUUCAAGGAAUUUCACAAAAUUGUACAGAGGAACAUUCAGGUAGUAUAUCUGGUACAGAAGACUUUGCAGUGAAUGCUAACAUGGAACAACCAUCAAAUUCGUCUUGUACAGAUGAUUCUUUGAGCUACAAUAGUGCAUUGUCCUCUAAUCCAGGAGGAGAAAACUCCUCCCUGUCACCAAAACAUUCAGAAAUUAAAGAUACAGUAGAGGCAAUGCCAGGCUCAUGGACAUUAGACUCGGUUAACAUCAAAGAAGAACCUGUGACUUGAAGUUGAUGAAUUAAGUGGGAUAUAUUUGUCUGCUUUAAAAGUGAUAUUCACUGCCAAAAGGAAUUUGCUAUUUUAAGCUUUUCUGAAAAUGAUAGAUUUACUUAUGUCAGAAAAUUCAUCUUAAUUAAAUGCAUAUAGUUUUUUUUAGGGUCAUCAUGCUUUGUCCGUCGUUCACCAACAGCUGUGCGUAAACUUUUCACAUUUCAAACAUCUCCUCAAAUUCCAACAUUGGGAUUGAGCUGAAACUAAGCUGAAAUGAUCCCGAGAUGGUCCUGACCAAGUUUUAUUAUUUUUCAGGUCGGUCCAAAAUUUCCAAGAUGGUCACCAUCUUGAAAAAUACAUUUUAAACUUCAUCUCCAGUUCCACUUGUGCCAUUGAGCUGGAAACUGGUGAGGAUGUUAAGGAAGGGGAUCCGGAGCCAACAAAGCGUUGUUAUUUUUCAGCCUCGUAAAAACUUUGACAUUGCAGCCACGGUGGCCAUUUCGUAACAUGAUUACACUAUCAUGGUUUUCAUGAACAGCACCUAUUUCAUUCAAAUUCUUCUCGAGAAGUGGGAUUCACCUGAAACUUACUUAAAAUGAUCCAGAGAUGGUCCCGAUCAAGUGUUGUUAUACUUGCUACAGAGUAUGUAUGCUAAACUAGUAGAAUGGUCUCUAGAGUCAGAUGACCGUUAAGGCCCAUGGACCUCUUGUGAUUAUUUCAAGUCAUGUUAGUCAUAUGUAUUUGUUAGUUUCUGAUGGGCAUCUGCAACUGCAAAAUCCAAGGGUUCUGCUCUCUAUAUGUACAGAUCAGUCUAGUGAUAGAGCUGGUUAUUUUGUCCAGAGACAUUAAUACACAGAUCCUUUCAAAAACAUAUCGGUAGAUUUUGAAGAUUUAUGGAGAUAUGUCAUUAUGUGCACGCAAAUGAGUGGCAAAAGGGGGUUGGGGCCCCCCCUCCAAAAAAAAAUUGCUUCCUGAAAGGCCGUAGAUAGCCUAUAACAAAUUAUAGCAUAAUAUAUCCAUAAUGUGUGAAAAUUGGUUUGAUUUUUUUCCAAUUGAAAUGUUUCUUUUAAUCCUAAAUUCAGGAUAAAACUUUGAACGGAAAAACAUGCAAACAUAAUCUGCUGUCUCCUUUGUUAUUUGCAUGAUGGCAUCAUUCACAGGCAGGCGUGUAAAGUGGCUAUUAAUGUCCUCAUCAAAUAAUGAUUCUGCUGCUUUCAAUGAUAAGAUUCAUCUUAAGAUACAAUUACAUGCAGUGUAUGCAAUAUAUUUUAAACUUAAUCUAAUGCGAAAUCAUUUUUCUGCCUUUUUGACUGCCAAAAGAUUGUUUAUUAUUAAGUCCGCGAUUGGUCAACUCAAAAUGAGUCUUUUCUCUGGUUCUCCGUAAGCACGUUGACGUUGUCUCCACAUGGUUACACGUGGCUGCUGUCGGUCCAAUGCUGAUAGAAAUUGUCCAUCUAAUUCCUUGUUUCCUGGUCUAGUUUCACACUUUCCUUAGGUUCCUGGGUGACAAGGAGACUUCUAACUUUUCAUUGAUCUCCCGGAACAGAGCAUUGACUGCAUCAAUGAAAUUGUCCAAUUUUGCAUCUAUCGACGUCUGAACACUUCCUUCAUGCUGAGUGUACAAGUAGAGAAAAGCAUAAUCUGAUACGCUAUCAGUUUACGUGUAGAUGACGUAUCGGAUCAAAUUAUUUGGGUCAUGUGACUACUUACAACAUCGUCUUUGUUUAUUUUGAUGUCUCCUUGUAUGUGCAGGAGUGCGAACGCUCACAGGUGUUCCCCCCUGCCAUAGUUGUCCUCAAUUAUGUAUUAGAGGUGUUCUCAUGAAUUGCAAAAUGGCACAAUAACAUAUAAUGCAUCUUUUUUUUAAUUUGGCAUGCAUGUUUUUACUCUAUAUCUCAGAUGUUCGAGGUACUGUAUGUGAUAAAAAAUGUCCUUAAUUUCACUUGAUUUUUUUGUAGACAUAAAAAUUCAACUUUCCUCACCUUGGCUAGCCAAAAUUAAAACAUGUGAGACUCAUGUCGUACUCUGGGACUGGUAUGAUAGAACAGACACACAUAAAUGCCGACAGGUAAAUAUAUAACCAUACCAUGUUAUACUACAUACAAAGUGGGGAUGUCAUUAUGGAAUAUCAACCUUCAAGUUGACCCCCAUGACAACAUUUAGUUCUAUAAUAGCUUUGUGUUUAACCGUAGAAAUGCAAAUAUGUAUACCUUCAAUUCUUCUUAAAUGACAUAAUGUCAGUAUUUUAUCAGAGAGAGAGAGACUUGAAUCAAUGGUAUAUGUGAUUCAAAAUAUAUACACUAAAAUUAUAUAGGUCGCUCAUAAAUUACAGGCCUAUAUAUUGCCAAUAACUUGAUAAAUUUAGAAUAAAAGUAGCCAUUUGACCCAGUGCCUGGGAGUUGACCAGCAAGUCAAUCUCUUGUAAUGAAAACCGCCCUAUUUAUAGGUAUUUUUCUUGGGAAGGUGGAUGAGGGUUGGUGAGACUGAGUUAAGGAACAUGCCGGAACUAUAAAAAAAGGUAAAACAACGUAAUAUGGAAUAUCAGUGAUUUAAAAUAUAUGUCAUUAUGAUAAUUUAAUAAGUUUCAAUCUUGGUCUUUAGUGUCUGAUCGUCUUAACAUUGUUUUUAGAUGUUUGAAUUUUUAGUCCAUCCUUUUUCUCUCUUUUUUUUUUUAAGAAUUGAUGUGCACACAACUGCGUUUUUGCAUCAAUGGUAGCUCCGCCACUGCAAAAGGGGGCGGGUCCAUUAUUAAAUUUUCAAUAUUCAUUACAGAAAAUUACUGAGAAUCCUGGAAAGAUUAUAAUUGUACCAGUAUAUAAUGUGCAGGAUAGAAACAUCUACCUGGUAUCAUAGUAUACUGUAGUUCAGCUUUGCAUCACAAUUGUAGACAUUUUUACCUUUAUAUGUUAGAUAAUAAUAUAUUUAUCAUGGGAAGGAGUUUUCACAACACUAACCAUUUCCUGUAGGUAGAGCACAUUGAUAUUGACAGUUGUAAAUUGUGUUAACCCAAUGUAAACAGGUAUAUUAUAAAGUUUUAGCUCAAUGUACCAGCUGUGAAGACCAUACCAGAUUCUUGAAAUUGGUAGUUUUUAAUCCUGCCUAACACUCUGCAUUCAUUAGGUCUAUUUGACAGUACACUUCAGUGAGUUCGCACUAUACCAGCAUCGGUACUGUCACAAAGAAGGAGAUACAAAUUUACUAUAGCCCCUCGCUCAGGACACAUGGAGAGGCAGUCUUUAUGUGACACUCGCUGUUGUAACGAUGUUAAACAAAAUAAAAUAAAAACCAAACUAAAGGUGCCUCAAAGGUUGAGCAAUUAAAUAGCAAUUGAAAAUAAUUGAAAAAUGUCAUGAAAUAAUUUCUUUUAUUGAAGAUAAUAGAGAUGUGUAACUUGAUUAAACAGUCUAUUUCAAUUUUCUUCCUUUGAUAAGUUUGAUUGUUGUUUAAAGCGAUCAUGAGUAGUCUUUACAUACAAUAUAUUUACAUUCUGUGUUGCAUUUGCCUAUAUGUCGUUAGUUAACCAAAUUGUAUUCAUGAGACUGUAUACUACAAGUUACAGUGAUUCGGUCUGUAUAGGAAUACAGCUUCAGGUGUUGUAGGUUAAAACAAUGGUCCCCAGUUACAUUCGGCCUAGAGAGCUUUCGAAUGCUAGUAUUUAUCUACAUAAACCAGUAAAAACCACCACAAAGAAAUAAAACAAGUUAUGAGGGUAAAAUUUAAUAAUAGAAAAAAUGAAGUCGACCGACUCGACACAAAUUCAUUUUAACUUCUAUUCCUGAUCUAUAGGAAGUAAUCAAAUUCUCAAUGUCGUCACACAGGGGCUCGUUGUCAAAUUGUCAGAAAUGCUAGACACAACAACAUUGAAAGUCCAGCAUUUAGAAAAAAAAAUCUUAUGCAUACUGAAUUAUAGUUAUGUGGUCAUCACUGAUGUCAAAGGCCUACCUUACUCCAAAAUCGAGCCCCUGUGAAGUUGAACAUCGUCUGCUAAGUUAGCGACACUGAUGUGACCAGUUAGACUGGAUUCUGUUUCGAACGAAAUAUCCUUGGAAUCGUUUUCACAUACUGUCAAGACGACUUUCGUUUAGAAUUUAAGAGAUGAUAUUCCUCUGAAACUAACGUAAAUCCAGUCUAUAGAAGCAUCUAAAAUUAAUCUAUAAAUACCCCUAUAGAUGUAGAUGAAUAUUUACAUAUUUGUAUAUCAAAUGUCUGACCAUAUCAAUAAUUCCAACAAUCAAACUGCAGCUGGUCUUAAAAACUGGUAAGGAAAGGGAGAGGAAUUUUGAUAAUCCUUCUCUUAUUUCAUACCACAUGGGCUUGGCACAAAUCCUUAAUCUCUGGUCUGUAUAAAAGAUACUAAAAAUUAAUUUAAUAUGGACUGUGGGUUAGGAAUUCAUUUCAAUUAAGUCCCUCAAGUAUGUUUUAUUCUAUAAAUUUCUAGUUUCAUGUUUUGUCAUGUUGAUGUCCAAUCCAGUAAAGGUCUAAUGAUUUAUGUCUUAAUGUUAGAAUUUAUAUAUUUUUUUGAACCAAAAAAAAAAAAUCUUUAGUCAUGAACAUGAGUAUUACAUACAAUAAGCUGGUAUUAAAUGCUUAAAGUAACUUGUAGUUUAGUUUCUUCUCCAUAUAGCGGCAAUUGAUGAGACUCUAGUGUACUAUUUAAGUGUGAUGUCAAUUUCAUAUGAUGUCACAAUAUGUUCCUAUGACAACAAGGCUUAUUCGCAUAAUUAUGGUAAGUGUGCCGUAUGUAGUUCUUUUUUAUUGAACGGCAAUUAGUAUAUUAUUGUUGUACAGAUUGGGGAUUUAGCCAAAGGUAGAUACAACAUACUCUGUAGGUGGGCAUUGUGGAGAGAGUGAGAGAGAUAGUAACAUUAGGGGGUAGGCUACAUAGUGCUGGUGCCAUUGUUCUUUCCUUUAAUUACGAGGUACAAAUGUUCAUUUACAAAAAGUAUGAUUAGGUGAUAUAUAUUUUUGCUGAAAAUUUGAUGUUUAUUGUUUAAAUUACAUAUUAGUGAUACAAUUAAAAAAUUGUUUUAUAUAAAUUUAAA